UACAGGACAUCUACUGUUGUUCCAGUGCGCUGUUCCCAGCCACCCCACCCCAGAAGCAGACGCAUCUCAGCUCUGGGUGAACAACCCCUGGGCAGUGUCGCUGUGUGGCUGUUCCCCAGCUGCACUGCCUGGAGGUAGCUGCAUCUCAGCUCAGGGUCUGUCCCAGCCGGAUGCCCCAGCCAUGGGCAGAGUCCUGCCGCCACAGCACGACGCCGGGGAAAGGGAGCUCCCGCCUCAGGGCCCCCUCUGGAGAGCAGGGGGUCCUGCCACGCUGAGGGUCCUGCUCCUCGCCCUGCUCUGGAGGGGGUCCCUGUCCCUGGAGUCUGGUUAUUCCCUCAUGGUGCCGCAGUCGGUGUCGGUGCAGGAGGGUCUCUGCGUUCUCGUCCCCUGCAACUUCACGUACCCAGCCUCGUACGACACCAACAAUCCCUCGGCCCAGCUCUACAGAUACUGGUACAAGGAUCCAGUCAAUGUGCACAAUGAUCCUCCCGUGGCCAGCAAUGACCCAAGCCGGAACGUGUCGCAAGACACCCAGGGCCGGUUUCGGCUGACGGGGGAUCCGGCGCCCGGCGACUGCUCCCUGCAAAUCAGCGACGCCCGACGAACGGAUGCGGGGAGAUAUUUCCUUAGAGUCGAGAAAGGAGACUUUAAAUACAGUUACCGCACCAAUAACGAUCACACUUACCCUGUGCUAGAGAUCUCCGUGACACGGCUGACGGAGGAGCCAGAGAUCCAGAUCUCGCCAGUGUGGGGUCCGCCAGGGACGCUGCUGGCUGGGGAGCCAGUGAAUGUGACCUGCACGGCCCCCGGGCUGUGCUCCGGGCCCCCUCCCCGAGUCACCUGGACGGGGCCAUUCAGCGACACAGCCCAGAAUGUCUCAGCCCAGCUGGCAAAUGGCACCUGGGCCCACAGCUCUGAGCUCAGCUUCACGCCUGCCCCGGGGGACGAUGGCAAAGAGCUUGUUUGCAAGAUCACAUACCACCCACCACGGGGACCUUCCACCAGCAGAACCGUCCGGCUCCAUGUCGGCUGCCCCAGUCCGACCCCGAACGUCUACACAGACCUCGGAGGAAACGUCCGCGCUGCAAUCAAAGACCCGGAGCCCAAACUCCACGAGCCCGACCGAACGGACCCAGGCUCUGAGUUCCGGGGCGACUCCCUGCGGUUCCUCUGCUCAGUCUCCAGCAACCCCCCUGCUGCGCUGGGCUGGGUGAGGGGGGGCCGAGCCAUCGAGGACACCCGCCCCAUGGAGGAGAAUCAGCUACGGCUGGAGCUGCCCAACAUGACGGCCGAGGACGGGGGGCUGUACGGGUGCUGGGCCCGGAGACAGAAGAGCUCUGCCCAGGGGACGUUCCAGCUGCUCGUCGAGUACAGCCCCCGGCCGGGGACUGGGCUGAACUCGUCCUGCCAGCGCCAGGGGCCCAGCGUCAGCUGCAGCUGCUCCCUGCGCUCCCACCCCCCACCACGGCUCCAGUGGCAGGUGGACGGGGAGCCCCUGGCUGGGAACAGCUCGCAGGGGGCCCUGCAGGUCAGCGCAUGGGCCCAGGGGGAUGAGGCCAUCAGCACCCUGAGCUGGACGGGGAGUGGGGACGGGGGACCCCGGAUCUUCUGCCUCGGCUCCAACCCCCACGGGAACUACACCGCCCUGCACUUUGACUUCAGCCUCCCACGGAGAGGGAUCCAGGCCGAGCACACGGCCGACGAUGCCAGCCUGAUCUACAGUAACAUCCCCACCAUGCCCAUGCAUCACAAGACUCCAGCCACCCACCGGACCAAAGGCGCCCAGGAGGGGGCUGCCACAGCACAGGCCCCGCUAGGCCCCGGGGAGCCAGACGAGCUGCACUAUGCUGCCAUCGACUUCUCCAAGCUGCAGCGCAAAGGGGCGGAGCCUCCGGAGGCCCCGGCCACAGAAUAUUCUGAGGUCCAGCGGAAAUAG